AUGUCCGAGCAAACAUUCCACGUCACCGGUGAGGACGUGCGCAAAAUGGAGUCGAAGGAGUCCAAAUUCCACGGUGGUGAAGUCCCAAAGGACUCCGACACCUCAGCUAUGAAGCAACUCCUCUCUGAGCAAGAAAACAAGCAAGAAACUAUCGACCGCGUAAAGGCAAAUCUCCCUCUACCCGACCAACCUGUCGGUGGCGCCAGUGCAGAUCUACAAUCUGCUGAUGGCCGUACCGUGAACGUCGGCAGCGGAGGUGUCAAUGUCAAGCUGGGCACACAUUCUUCUGAAGGACUGAGGGAACCUGCCACAGCUGAUAGCAGUGUGAGAGUCGAUGGCGAGGAGUUCAAGAAGCCCACAGCACCAUAG